AUGGACAGCACAUUUGGAAGCCUCGGGUGCAGGAAAGGCCUCCCGAGGGGACGUGUGGAGGCGAAGAUCCGGCUUGAUUUGGGUGGGGAACAGGUGGGUGUGCACACGUGGAGGAGGAGGAUGAGGCCAGACCCGGGGAAGGGGCUCGAGAGGCUGAGGGGAGCUGAGACGUGGGGCGGUGAGGAGGGCUGGGCGCGGGUGCUGUGGCGACCGGGGGCACCGACGUGCGUGCCGCCUGUGGGACGGAACGCGGACGGGGGCGUGGUGAGGGUGCUGAGAAGUCAGGUGACGAAGCGAGGCGCAGCUCCUCACGUUCCGAUUUGGGGGAACGUUUAUCGAAAGGCAAGUUUCUGA